AUGGCGCGGGCUCUCCUGCAGUGCGGCCUCGGGCUGCUCCUGGUGCAUCUGCUCGAGGUGACCAGUGCCAACCCCACCCGCAAGCACAGCAGUUACCUCCCUGAGACGUGUCUCAUGGACUCCCAGGAUGACCUGCAGUUCAUAUCACCGCCAAUCUGGUACAGCGUCUUCAAGAGCACCAAGACCGACGGGGAGCUCACUGAGUGCGCCAGAGACGAGGGCAACAGCCCCGUGUGCAAAUGCACGCUCAGCAAAGCGAAGCGCUCCAAAGACUCGGAGCCAAAACCCUUCACAGACUGCCCCUUCGACUACCCCCACGGCAUGCUCACCUGCCCCUUCUUCGUGGUGCCAUUCGUGGUCACUGUGGUUUCCGUCCUGUGGCUGGUCAGGAAGCUUGAGGCCAAAGCCAAGGCGCAGACACAGAGCGCAUAG